AUGGCCCUCCAGGCCGUGGUUUUCCCACAAGAUCCAUUCGCUUACCCUUGCAACAAAGACUACAUGUACUCGCUGGUAGAAAACAAUUUCCAAGUAGCAGAAAACAAAGCCCUUGUGGGAAUCAUCAGCAACAACAUCGACCACACUCUGCAUGCAAAUUGGGAUUCUUCUUCUCCUUCAGCUUUGCAAAAUGUCAAAGACCAAUGGGACUCACACUCCUCCCCUGAACCCUGCACCGUCGAUCACUCCCUCCCCGCCGCUUUCCCUCCCCCUCCGUCCUCCACUGACGCCCCCACCGGCCGCCGCAAACGCCGCCGCACCAAGAGCGCCAAGAACAAGGAGGAGAUAGAGAAUCAAAGGAUGACCCACAUUGCAGUUGAACGCAAUCGGAGGAAACAGAUGAACGAGUACCUAGCUGUUCUUAGAUCCUUGAUGCCACCCUCUUAUGUCCAAAGGGGUGAUCAAGCAUCUAUUAUUGGUGGCGCCAUUAACUUCGUGAAGGAGCUGGAGCAGCUUCUGCAGUGCAUGAAGGGUCAGAAGAGAACAAUGGAAAAUGGUGGUGGCUUCUCUGACUCAUCACCCUUUGCUGAGUUCUUCAUGUUCCCUCAGUACUCAACACGUGCGACACAGAGCAGCAGAGGCUACCCUGGCACGUGCGAGACACGGAACAAUUCAUGGGGCGUGGCAGACAUAGAAGUGACCCUGGUGGAUGGCCAUGCCAACAUAAAGAUACUCUCCAAGAAACGACCAGGCUUGCUUCUGAAGAUGGUAGUUGGCCUUCAAACUCUUGCCUUCACCAUUCUCCACCUUAAUGUUACCACUGUUGACGAUAUGGUCCUUACCACAGUUAGUGUCAAGGUAGAGGAAGGGUGUGAGUUGAACACGGUGGAUGAAAUUGCAGGCGCUGUGCAUGAAUUAUCCCGCACGGUGGAGGAGGAAGCUGUUUUGAGCAGAUGA